AUGUUCAAAGAGCCAUCAGGAUCAGCCAGCGGAAUGCCAAAAAAGGGCAGUGAAACAGACAUUGAUGAAGGUCUUUACUCUAGACAGUUAUAUGUCCUCGGCCAUGAGGCUAUGAAGCAUCUCCAGGCAUCCAGUGUGCUGGUAUCAGGACUUUGGGGCCUAGGGGUGGAGAUUGCCAAGAAUGUCAUCCUUGAUGGUGUCAAAGCUGUCACCCUGCAUGAUGAGGGCACUGCUCAGUGGGCUGACCUCUCGUCCCAGUUCUACCUGCGAGAGGAGGACAUUGGUAAGAGCCGUGCUGAGGCAUCACAGCCCCACCUUGCUGAACUCAACCACUAUGUGCCAGUCAGCACAUACACUGGUGCCCUUGUUGAAGACUUUCUUAGUGGUUUCCAGGUGGUGGUCCUUACCAACUCUCCUUUGGAGGACCAGCUGAAGGUGGGUGAGUUCUGUCACAGGCAUGGAAUCAAGCUGGUGGUAGCAGACACUCGAGGUCUGUUUGGGCAAUUGUUCUGUGACUUUGGAGAGGAAAUGAUCCUCACAGAUUCCAAUGGGGAACAGCCUCUCACUGCUAUGGUUUCUAUGGUUACCAAGGGCAACCCUGGUAUUGUCACUUGCCUGGAUGAAUCCCGACACGGAUUUGAGAGUGGUGACUUCGUCUCCUUUACAGAAGUUCAGGGCAUGAAUGAACUCAAUGGCAUCUGUCCACUAGAGAUCAAAGUCCUGGGUCCUUACACCUUUAGUAUCUGUGAUAGCUCAAAUUUCUCUGAGUAUAUCCGUGGAGGCAUUGUCAGUCAGGUCAAAAUAGCUAAGAAGAUCAGCUUUAAAUCCUUGCUCAACUCACUGGCAGGGCCAGACUUUGUGAUAACAGAUUUUGCCAAGUAUUCUCGCUCUGCUCAACUGCACAUUGGUUUCCAGGCCUUGCACCAGUUCUGUGCUCAGCAUGGCAGGUCCCCUCGGCCCCACAGUGAGAAGGAUGCAGCAGAACUGGUGACCCUAGCAGAGGCUGUGAAGGCUCAAGCCCCGCCAGCAGUGCAGCAAGACAGUUUGGAUGAAGACCUCAUCAGGAAGCUGGCUUACGUGGCUGCUGGGGAUCUAGCACCCAUGAAUGCCUUCAUUGGGGGCUUGGCUGCUCAGGAGGUUAUGAAGGCCUGCUCUGGAAAGUUUAUGCCUGUUAUGCAGUGGCUGUACUUCGAUGCCCUUGAGUGUCUCCCUGAGGGCCAGGAGGCUCUUUCAGAGGACAAAUGCCUUCCAUGCCAGAACCGUUACGAUGGGCAGGUGGCUGUAUUUGGCUCCGGCCUGCAAGAGAAACUGGGCAAGCAGAGAUACUUCUUGGUGGGUGCAGGGGCCAUUGGCUGUGAACUGCUCAAGAACUUUGCCAUGAUUGGGCUAGGUUGUGGGGAUGGUGGGUCAAUCACGGUAACAGACAUGGACAUCAUCGAGAAGUCAAAUCUGAACCGACAGUUUCUGUUCCGUCCUUGGGAUGUCACGAAGUUGAAGUCUGAUACAACUGCUGCAGCUGUGAGCCAAAUAAAUCCACACAUCCGGGUCAUAAGCCAUCAGAUCCGUGUGGGCCCUGAGACAGAGCAUGUGUAUGAUGACGACUUCUUUCAAAACCUGGAUGGUGUGGCCAAUGCCCUGGACAAUGUGGAUGCCCGCAUGUACAUGGACCGCCGUUGUGUUUACUACCGUAAGCCACUUCUGGAGUCAGGAACACUGGGAACCAAGGGUAAUGUACAAGUGGUUAUCCCCUUCCUGACAGAGUCAUACAGCUCCAGCCAGGACCCUCCUGAGAAGUCCAUCCCCAUCUGCACGCUGAAGAACUUCCCGAAUGCCAUCGAGCACACGUUGCAGUGGGCUUGGGAUGAGUUUGAAGGCCUUUUCAAGCAGCCAGCAGAAAAUGUCAACAAAUACCUUACAGACGCCAAGUUUGUGGAACGAACACUGUGCCUGGCAGGCACCCAGGCUCUGCAGGUGCUGGAGGGCAUGCAGCGCAGCUUAGUGCUGCAGCGGCCACAAUCAUGGGCUGACUGUGUGACCUGGGCGUACUAUCACUGGCAUACCCAGUACUCCAGCAACAUCAGACAGCUGCUGCACAACUUUCCUCCUAACCAGCUUACAGGUUCAGGAUCCCCUUUCUGGUCUGGGCCUAAACGUUGCCCACACCCGCUUAUCUUUGAUGUCAACAAUCCCCUGCAUCUGGACUACGUGAUAGCUGCUGCCAACCUGUUUGCCCAGACCUAUGGGAUGAUGGGCUCUCAGGACCGGAGUGCUGUCACCAAACUCAUUCAGUCUAUGCAGGUCCCUGAGUUCACCCUGAAGUCUGGCGUCAGGAUCCAAGUUUCUGACCAGGAGCUGCAAACCAGUUCCUCCAUUGAUGAUAACCGCCUACAGGAGCUCAAGGCCAUGCUGCCCACCCCAGAGAGCCUUUCUGGGUUCAAGAUGUACCCCAUCAACUUUGAGAAGGAUGAUGACACCAACUUCCACAUGGAUUUCAUUGUGGCUGCAUCCAAUCUCCGGGCAGAGAACUAUAACAUUCCCCUCGCAGACCGACAUAAGAGCAAGCUGAUUGCAGGGAAGAUCAUCCCAGCCAUUGCUACAACCACAGCAGCUGUAGUUGGCCUUGUUUGUCUGGAGCUGUACAAAGUGGUACAGGGACACCAACAGCUUGAGUCCUAUAAAAAUAGCUUCAUCAACUUGGCCCUGCUCUUUUUCUGCUUCUCUGGGCCCCUUGCCCCACCCCGUCACCAGUUUUAUAACCAAGAGUGGACACUUUGGGAUCGCUUUGAGGCCCAGGGGCUGCAGCCUAAUGGUAAAGAGAUGACCCUCAAGCAGUUCCUUGACCACUUUAAGUCAGAGCACAAAUUGGAGAUCACCAUGCUGUCCCAAGGUGUAUCCAUGCUCUACUCCUUUUUCAUGCCACCCAGCAAGCUGAAGGAACGGAUGAAUCAAUCGAUGACAGAAAUUGUGAGUCGAGUAUCAAAGCGAAAUCUGGGACACCACGUGCAAGCAUUGGUGCUUGAGCUGCGCUGCAAUGAUGAGGAUGGCGAAUAUGUGGAGGUUCCUUAUGUACGAUACACCAUUCACUAA